UUAAAAAAAAGGAAUAAUAAAAGUCUAGAUAAAUAAAAGUGAUAUUAUUAAUUGUUGUUUUAUAAAAAUAUAAAUAUUAUAAACACAAUUUAAUUCAUUUCAAUGUUUGCUUGUAGAAUUUUAACAAGUUGGAGACACGUAUUUCAAACACGUGGUCAAAAUGUCAUUAAAAAUGUUAGAAGUCUUAGCAACAUGGGAGACUUGAAGAACAACAUGGUUUGGAUUGACAUGGAGAUGACUGGACUUGAUGUUGUUAACGAUCAUAUACUAGAAGUCGCCUGCUUGAUAACAGAUGAUAAAUUAAAUAUUAGAGGUUCACCAUUUUCACAAAUUGUUCAUGUAUCUGAUGAUAUAUUGAAUGGAAUGAAUGACUGGUGUAAAACACAUCACGAGCAGAGUGGUCUUACACAAAAGGUCAAAGAAAGCAGUGUUACAAUUGAACAAACAGAAGAAUUAUUAUUGGAUUUUUUAAAAAAACAUAAUAUACCAGUGGCACAAUGUCCAUUAGCAGGAAAUUCAGUUUAUAUGGAUAGAUUGUUUAUGAAAAAAUAUAUGCCAAGUGUUGAUAAAUAUUUGCAUUAUCGAAUUGUUGAUGUGUCAACAGUUGGAAUACUUUCUAGACUUUGGAGUCCAACUAUUGAAGACAAUAAACCAAUUAAAAAACGUAACCAUCGUGCUCUUGAUGAUAUUACUGAAAGCAUUAAUCAAUUAAAAUAUUAUAAAGAUAAUUUGUUUAAAACUCAAAUUUAAUUAUAAAAAAUCCAUUAACUGAUUAUUCAUUGAAAUUAGUAAAUGUGCACGAAAAUCAGUGUUAUUGAUUAAUCAAUUUAAAAAACAG